GCCUGGACCAGAAGGCUCUGCUGCCACUCCAGAAGACGCACACACACAAUACACACUGCACACACACACUGCACGCUGCUGGGGACGCCGUAGCUCCUCUCUCACACACACAACACACACACACAACACAGAGACACAGGGAUUAGCUGCCUCUGAUGCUGAUGCUGUUGUUGCUGCUGCUUUCUCCUCCUCCUCCUCCUCCUCCUCCUCUUCUUCUUCUUCCUCUUCUUGCAGCCUCCCUCCUUCCCUGGCGUUUGGACUUGGGCUCCUGGCUCGCCUUGGCUCGGACAGACCUCCACAGAAAACCUGAGGACCGCAUUACUGACUUUUUUUAAAACAAAAACAAAAAUCGUAUUAAUUAUCUUCAUGGAUACAAGCAAAGAGACAAUGGUACUCCAGCCAUCUGUUUAAGCUUCUUGAAGAAAAAAGUCUGCAGUGGAAGCAUCAUGAAAAGGCAGCUGAGAAUCAAAGAUCACAAAGUGACAUCUGUAAACAUCUAAUAAAUGAAAAUGGAAAACUAACUACAAGAGGUCUUUCAUGGUGAUCUUUCGGUAACAAAAGUACAGAUAUUCAAAUGACUUUGGGAUAUUUUUUGGAUCAAUGAUGAAAGGAUUAUCGGGCAGUCGCAGUCACCAUCAUGGGAUUGCCUGUGAACCACCAUGUGACUCUUUGAUCCAUCACUCAGAGAGGAAGCCAUAUUUGUUAAAUCCUAUGGAACAUCAUCCUGCAGAUCACUCUUACUACACUCAGAGGAACUCUUUUCAAGGCGAGUGCAUGGUACCCUACAAUGAUCAGAUUGCUAGCAGUACAUUCCCUCGGAGACAUUACAAUUCCCAUAAUGAGCUUAAGGAUGAGUGUGCUUUGGUGCCACAUGGAACAGCUGGUAAAGGUAACCGUAUCCCUGCCAAUCUUUUGGACCAGUUUGAAAGACAGCUUCCUCUUAACCGAGAUGGCUAUCAUACAUUACAAUAUAAAAGAACUGCUGUAGAACACCGUAGUGAUAGUCCUGGGAGGAUCCGCCACUUGGUUCACUCUGUUCAAAAACUUUUCACAAAGUCUCAUUCCCUUGAAGGCCCAUCAAAGGGCAGCAUCAAUGGAGGCAAAGCAAGCCCAGAGGAGACACAAACUAUGAGAUAUGGGAAGCGUAGCAAGAGCAAAGACAGGAGGUCAGAAGGAAAAUCCAGAUCAAAUGCAUCUGGAUGGUGGAGUUCAGAUGACAACUUGGAUAAUGAUGUUUGCAUUUACCAUGGACCAAGUGGGGUUAUGACUAUGGGAAGAUGCCCUGACCGUUCCACUUCUCAGUACUUUAUGGAAGCCUAUAACACUCUCGGUGAACAUACUGUAAAGCCUUCCAGAAGCAAUAAUGAUGUCAAAUGUUCCACCUGUGCAAACCUGCCUGUAAAUUUGGAUGCUCCAUUAAUGAAAAAAAGCUCUUGGUCCUCCACGCUGACAGUGAGCAGAGCUCGUGAGGUUUACCAAAAAGCUUCCAUGAACAUGGACCAGACAGUGGUGAAAUCAGAAACCUGUCAACAAGAACGGUCUUGCCAGUAUCUUCAGGUUCCUCAAGAUGAAUGGUCUGGGUACACUCCAUGUGGCAAAGAUGAUGAGAUCCCAUGCCGACGAAUGCGUAGUGGUAGUUAUAUCAAAGCCAUGGGGGAUGACGAUAGUGGGGAUUCUGAUACCAGCCCAAAGCUGUCUCCAAAGAUUGCUGCACGAAGGGAAAGCUAUCUCAAGGCCACCCAGCCAUCACUUACAGAACUCACCACCCUCAAGAUAUCCAGUGAACAUUCUCCAAAGCUUCAGAUUCGGAGCCACAGUUACUUGAGGGCAGUGAGUGAAGUUUCAAUUAAUAGGAGUUUGGAUAGCCUGGAUCCAGCAGGUCUCCUUACUUCUCCCAAAUUCCGCUCCCGCAAUGAAAGCUACAUGAGGGCCAUGAGCACUAUUAGUCAGGUGAGCGAAAUGGAGGUGAAUGGUCAGUUUGAAUCAGUUUGUGAAUCUGUAUUCAGUGAACUGGAAUCUCAGGCAGUUGAGGCCCUGGAUCUGCCAAUGCCAGGCUGCUUCCGCAUGCGGAGCCACAGCUAUGUGAGAGCAAUCGAAAAGGGCUGUUCCCAAGAUGAUGAAUGUCUAUCACUGAGGUCUUCGUCUCCCCCACGCACAACCACCACUGUGAGGACCAUCCAAAGCAGCACUGUUUCCUCUUGCAUCACUACAUAUAAGAAGACACCACCUCCUGUCCCACCAAGAACUACCACCAAACCUUUUAUCUCUAUCACAGCCCAGAGCAGCACAGAAUCUGCUCAAGAUGCCUACAUGGAUGGACAUGGACAAAGGGGAGAUAUCAUCAGCCAGUCAGGACUUAGCAACUCCACAGAAAGCUUGGACAGUAUGAAAGCUUUGACAGCUGCUAUCGAGGCAGCCAAUGCACAGAUCCAUGGCCCUGCCAGCCAGCAUAUGGGCAACAACACCACUACUGUUACUACCACUACUACUGUUGCCACUGUUUCUGCAGAUGACAGAAAGAGAGAUCACUUCAAGAAAAAUAGAUGUCUGUCCAUUGGAAUACAGGUUGAUGGAGAAGAAUCUUCUAGCUCAAGUGAAAGCAGAGCAACCAGUAAAUUCCAAUCCAUAGGUGUUCAAGUAGAGGAGGAGAAGUGUUUCCGCAGGUUUACCCGGUCAAACAGUGUUACAACAGCAGUUCAAGCAGACAUGGAUUUCCAUGAGAACUUUGAAAUGUCCAUGGACCCUCAAGAAGACCAUUCAUAUCCUGGCCAAAUGUCAAGACAGUAUUCUCGAGAUGCCAGCACUUCCACUGUAAGCAUACAAGGCUCAGGAAACCAUUAUCAUGCGUGCACAGUGGAUGAUGACUUUGAUACAGAUUUUGAUCCUUCCAUUUUACCUCCACCGGAUCCCUGGAUUGAUUCUAUAAUUGAAGAUCCAAUUGAGGCUGUUCAAAGAUCAGUGUGUCACAGAGAUGGACACUGGUUCUUGAAGCUUCUUCAGGCAGAGAGAGAACGCAUGGAAGGCUGGUGUCAACAAAUGGAAAGAGAAGAACAAGAAAACCACCUGCCGGAAGAGAUUCUAGGUAAAAUUCGAACUGCAGUUGGCAGCGCACAACUUCUCAUGGCUCAGAAAUUUUACCAGUUCAGAGAACUGUGUGAAGAAAAUCUGAAUCCCAAUGCACAUCCAAGACCAGCCUCCCAGGAUUUAGCAGGGUUUUGGGAUAUGCUCCAGUUGUCCAUAGAAAAUAUUAGUAUGAAAUUUGAUGAACUUCAUCAGUUAAAGGCCAAUAAUUGGAAACAGAUGGAUCCACAUGACAAGAAGGAGAGAAGGGCCCCUCCUCCAGUGCCAAAGAAGCCAUCGAAAGGUCAGGUGCCACUCAUACGGGAACGCUCUUUGGAGAGCUCACAGCGUCAGGAGGCCCGGAAACGGCUGAUGGCUGCCAAACGAGCUGCAUCUGUUCGUCAGAACUCAGCCACUGAAAGCGCGGAAAGCAUUGAGAUUUACAUCCCCGAAGCUCAGACCAGGCUAUGAAGGGAUCCGGCCAGGAGGACUCUUAAUGAUGUUUCCAUAAAUACUCUUAAACUUUUUGUAAUGACAGAUGAAGAAAUGGAUUAAACGUUUUAAUAUUGAAAAG